CUGACUUGCCCCCCAUUUCCUCUUCUUCUGCUCCCACUUCGCUCAUGCCACACUACUUCCUCCUUUGACCCUUGCUCUCCCACUCUUACAAAGCGAACUUCUCCACGCCUUCUCUCCCUCUCCACCAAAGCUUUCUCCUUUCCCUUCUGUUUCCCAUUUUUCGCCUCCAUGUCUCCUCUUCCGCUGCUUCUUGUCCUCCUCUUCGCGGCUUCUCCGGCCUCCUGUUCCAACUCCGAAGGCGAGGCGUUGCACGCCUGGAGGGCGCGGCUCGCAGAUCCCACCAACGUGCUGCAGAGCUGGGAUCCCACUCUCGUCAACCCUUGCACUUGGUUCCAUGUCACUUGUGAUCCACAGAACCGCGUCAUCCGCCUGGAUUUGGGGAAUUCCAACAUUUCUGGUCCUAUUGGCCCUGAGCUUGGCCGCCUCGAGCAUCUUCAGUAUUUGGAGCUUUACAGGAACAACCUAAAAGGAAAAAUCUCGCCAGAGCUGGGCAACUUGAAGAGCCUCAUCAGCAUGGACUUGUAUGGGAACCAAUUACAAGGAGAGAUCCCCAAGUCCUUUGCCCAAUUGAAGUCACUUAGAUUUUUGCGGCUGAACAACAACAAGCUGUCCGGAUCUAUUCCCAGAGAGCUUGUUGCCCUUCCAAAUCUCAAAAUCCUGGAUGUUUCAAACAAUGAUCUUUGUGGAACUAUUCCAAUUGAUGGACCAUUUGCCAACUUUCCUCUUCAGAGUUUUGACAACAACAGUAGACUGAAUGGACCAGAGCUGCAAGGAUUGGUUCCUUACUAUGAUUUCGGCUGUUGAAUGCCUCUUGUGGAGAAGCCAUGCUAAAUCUAUUUGCUUUGGGACAUUCAGUUUGAUGGCUGUAGUGCAUAGGGUUAUAUGAUCUGGCAAGGCUGAAUCUCAACUAUUAUCCUGAAAAAAAAACAUGUAACAAAAAACAUAGCCAUAUAUAUAAAAAAUAUAUAUAUAUGAAUUGAGAUGAAACGUAAUCAUCUAUUGUAAUGUUUCUAGCAUUUUACUGAAAUCUUUUUUUAACCUGUA